AUGUAUUUGGAAUUUGCCGACUGCACAGCCUUAAUAACUUACAAAUAUAUUCCUUGUAACACCCUCAUCACCUUAAUUUCGACAGAGAUUUAUAUGGUACCAUUAUACAAGUUAUUAAGCCAUAAAAACUGUUACAAAUUUAUAAUCCGAUCAUUUCAAAGACAAGACUGGCUCAUCUGGUCUGAUCUUUAUGUAACAUCUCUGAAGGACUAUUUGCAAUUUUACUUAAAUUUUAACAACUUACCAAAAAAUACAGCAUGGAAUCCGAAAGCACAGUUUAUUAUACUGAUAUAUGACUUAAAAAUGACAGAAUAUAAAGAGGUAUUUAAAUUGUUGUUGAAAUUAAAUAUUUUUAAUAUUAUUUUGUUGACAAAAUCAGAAAUUGGUAACUUAAAAAUAAAUACCUAUAAUCCAUUCGAUAAGAAUGCAUGUGGAAUAUCCUUCGAUGAAGUGCUAAAUAUAACAAAUUGUGAUGAUGUUAAUAAUAUAAAAACGAAUUACGAUCACUUGGAAGUUGAAUAUCGCAAUUGUACAAUAACAAUCGCAGGAUCUGAAGAUAUUCCAAAUUUUAUUUAUGCAACAAAUAAAGAAUAUUCUUAUUUGCAAAAAAACAAUCAGGGUCUAGAGCAAUACUUGCUCGCAAAUUUCGCAAAACGAGAAAACAUAACACUAGAAUACAUUCUAGUAGGACCAGGACUUGGGUAUGGAGUCGUUUUACCGAACUGGACGAGUACUGGAUCAUUGAGAUAUUUACAAAAUAAUACAGUCAGUAUUGUUGCUGGAGGUUAUCUGUUGAUGCUGAAUCGUUUCGAAUUGUUUGAUUGCAUCUGGGGUUACAGUUAUUCAUCUUUUUUCUUAUUUACUCCAGCAAAAGGUGAGGUCUAUUGGAAAAAAGUUUAUCAACAAUUUAGUGGAAGCAUCUGGGUAUUAAUAGUUGUAUGCUAUUUUUUCAUUACCAUGUUAACUUUAUUUACCGGCCGAUAUUUUAUGGGACUUAAUGAUGCAAGGAGAUUAGCGCUUGUAUUAUGGGGAUAUACUUUCGGAAACACAAACGAAAAAUUAUUACGCCUAAUUAAAUUACGAAAAAUUGUCAUAGUUUGGGUUUGGUUCACAUUUUUUAUUACUAGUUUUUAUAACACAGCUUUUUAUACAUUGCUAACGACUAAGUCUAUUGAAAAAGUAGCGUAUGCCCAGAGAGAUUUGAACUCCUUGCCAUUUAAGCCAUGUAUAAGUGAAAACACAAGGAAUUUUUUUCAAUUUAAAUACAAUAGGACAUUACCAGGGAAAGUCAUCAAUCAAUGUAAAAAUAUUGACAGAGCAUUAAAUACGGUAGCAAAUAGAAAUGAUUUUUACGCCAUUGAAUUGGAUUACCGCUACAAAAUCAGAGAAUUUAAAUACAUUGAUGGCAAAGGUCAUCAUAAAUUGGACAGAUCUCAAUAUACAAAUAACAUCAUGUCAGCUAUGUAUACGACAAGAGGAUUUCCCUUAUUACAAAAAUUACAAAGAUAUGCUCGUUACCACAUGGAAGCGGGAUUAUUGAAAAAUCAAGCAGGUUUAAUAAUUCACAGGUAUAACAUGUUUAACAAACAAUAUAGUCACUCAUUUAAAAAUUUGUGUUUAUCCGAUCUACGAAUUCCAUUCAUUAUAUUGUUCUUUGGUUACAUAAUUUCCAUAAUUUGUUUUAUUAUAGAAAUUAAAAACUGGAAGAAACGUAGAUUAAUUGAUUUAAAAAUGUUUAAAAGAGAAUUUAACUAA